GGUGCCGGCAUGGAGGGAGGGUUCCUGAUGGAGAUCAGGCGGGGGACGCAGAGCGCGUUGCUGGUUAUCCGCGCGGCGGCGGAGGAUGCAGGCGCGCCGGUGGAGGUGUCGCUGUCGGCGGAUUCCCUGGAAGCGCGGAGCGGCGGGAGCUGCGCUGCGGCGGCGCUGCCGCCAGGGGUCAGCCUGGCGCCGUCCUCGUGCCGUGGGCUGCACCGCCUCCCCGGGGACGGGCUGCACCUGCGCGUGCGCAUGCGCCGCCCGCCGCCCCCCGCCGAUUUGGCUUUUACUUUGAGGGAAAGCCUGAAACCCCACAAGAAAUACAUCUUUUACUGUCAGUCCUGUGGUGACAUCAUAGUAAAAGACCGGAAAUUUCUUAGAGUUCUUCCUCUACCGAGUGACAACUGGAGUGAUUUAGUUGAAGAGUGGUGUUGUCACCCUAACCCCUUUGCCAGAAGCACUUUGCACCCUCAGCAUGAUGACUGUUUUCUUGGAGACACGUUUUUUCUGUUGAAUUCAGGGAAUGAAUCCCAUGUGUCUGAAUCUCCCAUGUGCUGCUCAGAGACUGGACACCAUGCUUCUCAGAGUGACCUCAACUUGAAAUCAAAGGAAACUACCAGAGUAAUUUGUAAACGCUGCAAGACAAUGCUGGGAGAAACAAUAUCAUCAGAUACCAUUAAAUAUUAUGCCACCGAGGUGAUUAUUCAGCCAGCUGAGGGAAGUUUCAACCCAAUACCAAGGUCUCAAUUUGUGCAGAGCAUGGUUGCUCAGUGUCUUGUGGAAUUAUCCUCUGCUAAAAGCACGUUUAGAUUCACUGUAAAAGGGGAUAAUGGAAAAACCUAUAUUCUGAUAUGGCUUUUAAAUUCUGACACAUUGCUGGUGGAGUCUUUAGGAAGUUCCUCCUCUCUAAGUGUCCUUACACCGUUUGGAGAUAUUUUCAUGCCUAGCUCUGGACCAUUGGGGACCUGGAAUGCUGUCAAAGUCCUUUACCAGCCAUGCAUAAAAUGCAGAAAUAAGGACCUUGCUGAUGCAUGGGAAAAUGACUUGGGAGUUCAUCCUUUAAAGUUUCCAUCAGAAACAUGCUUGGAAUUACUGCUAAUGCUGGGUUUGAGCACCGCAUCUCUUCCACCUUCUCUUCGAUGCAUGAACUCUUUUCAGGUCGCCUUUUUGAAGAUGUGAAGAAUGCAGAUAUAGUUGAAAACGAUUGUCAAAUUUAUUUUCAGCAGGAACGUGUACAGAUAACUUCCAAUGGUGUGACUGCUAGAAAAAAUCCUGGCAAACCAAAAGAACAUGGGUGUGUGCUGUGUAUUCUUCAUAUCUGAAUGUGUUUCAAAACCAAAGACAGUUGACUUCUGCGUCCAGUACAUUCUUAGAUGUCAUUCUAAGAGUGACUUACCUGUGACUCCUCUGACAUCCAGCUGGGAUAACUGUUAUGAUGUCUUCAUUGCCAAAAGGAAAUUCUGUACCUUUAUCAGUGUUUGAUAGCAAUGUAUGUGUCCUUUGGAAAGUUCACAACUGUAGCAAAUAUUUUAAAAUAUUUAAUGUCAUGGAUACCAAUGUAAGUUCUUUACUUUCUCUGUUUUGGUGAAGUUAGAGGUCCAACUUUAAAACAUAAAAUCUAGUUUUUGUAGGACUUAUAUGUUUCUCACCUAAAUUGUUUCCACAUUAAAGCGUACCUUUCUGCUUGUGAGGGAAGGCAGUUUCUGUAUUCCUACACCAUACGUAAGGCUUUUUAAACUAAUAAUGUUUUGGUUACUGGGCAUAAUCAUUCCUUCAACUUCAACAAAGAGCCAAGUGUGUGAUGGCUGACCCUGCAGAAACUGCUGGAGGUGAAAGAUACUUGUAGAAAGUCAAUACAGCUGCUCUCAACUGUUGUUCUCUGUUGUGGGUGCUCAGCUGCCUUCCAUGGGAGUGAUAGCAUAUUUACAUGGGACACGGAAGCUGUUGACAUUUUUGGUUUUGGAAUGGAUUAUUUACCUAGUUGGUAGAAAGUUUUGCCUUCCUUUGUCCAGGGGAACAGGAUGGCCUAAGUUCGUAGGCCAAAGAUCAGAAAAGAAGUCUCCUGGAAUUUUUGCCUCAGUUCCUGCUUGUUGGGAUGGACUGCUCUUGAGUUAGAAGGAGGUGGUCCUUUAGUAUCAAUCAUCUCUCUUAUCCCAGAUAUCCCA